CGUAAAUCAGUAGCGUCAUAGUCAAAACGAAAGUGGAACGUUUGGCGUGCCAAAAAGUGUCAACCAAGAAAGAAUUAUGUCUGCCAAGAAGUGCACAGUAUGUGGGGAAAGUUCAAUAAUCCAGGAGGAAGAGGGCGCUGUCUGUAUGAAUUGUGGAACUGUCCAUUCAGAGCUGCAGACAUUUGUAUCAGACAGUUACAUUGGUUGCCAGAACCCAGUUUUCACACAGUCUCAGCUUCCAUUGCAUGCAUGGCAUCUAAAGGGAAAACGAGAACAACCUACAAUGAAAAGAUGCCGAGCUAAAUUGCAAAGUUUAUGUGUAAAGUUAUCGUUUGGACCUGAAAUGAUUGAAGCAGCAAAUUCUUUGCUCCUGCAAGCAACACAAUACAAAGAAUUUAAAUGCAUGUAUACAUACAACAAAAUUUUGCUGAGCCAUUGCUGCGUUUACAUAACAGGACGUCAGUUCAACUUUCCCAUCACGAUCAAGGAAUUCUGUUUUCUGACACGACAGUCAGUAUCAGAUGUAGCAAAACUUCAUCAAAGAUUAAUUUCUAAAUUGCAUAUUGACAUUCAGUAUCAAAGUAUAGCAUCUCUCAUGGCUUAUCAUUUAUCUGAUUCAGUAUUCAACAGAGAAUGCUUAGACAUGGUGAAGGAUAUUUUGAAAUUAUAUGAACGAAAACGGACAUCCAGCAGCCCUCAUAGAGAUGUUACACUUGGACUAGCUGCUUAUCUUGCCUGGGGUUCCAUGAAUUUGGUUGAAUACAGCAAUUGUAGGAUAAAACAAUUUGCCAAAAAGCACAAGUUCAUCUUCACCCCAGUCUGGGGAGUUCGUUUGAAAGAACUUAAUGAAAUUCUGACUGAUGUUGGGAGUCGUCUCCCUUGGAUUUCAAACACUUCAACCAAACAUUUUGUUGUGAAGCAUUUGAAAGAUAUUCUACAGUUUCAGAAUAGUCUACUGUUGAAAGAAAUGAUGGAAAGUGACAGUGAAGAAGAGGAUGAGAAAACUGAUAGUGAUUGCACAAGUGAAGACAAAUGUGAAAGUAUGGAUGAGAAAGAUGAAUGUGAAAAGGACAAAGAUCAAAAUGGCCAGGAAUGCAUGUACAUGAUUGAAGUUCCUGAUAAUGAUAGUUCCAAUGGCCUAGCAGGAAAUGAAAAUCUAAACGUUGUUCAGACCACACUGAACCAGGAUGAAUCAGUUUGUGUUGAACUUGAACCAGCCACUCCCAAAAUUCCAAACUGCUCGGACUUUGCGGGCAAAACUUUUGUGUAUCACAGUACAUUUAGAGUGAUAACUGCAGAUUUGCCCACAAAAUGAAGAAAUUGAAUAUUGCUUAAUCUUUCUCUUGAAUGAUAGACAUGUUCAAUGGUAAUUUUUCACUUGACAAGAAUAUCAAAACAUUUAAGUCAUAUUGAUCCGAUAAGUUUGGAAAGAGGAGAUAGUCCUUGAAAUUCCAGGGAUUGCCUGCAUUUUGAAAUUGGAAGGAUAUGUGUAAGCAAAGUAAAUUGUAAAAACAAUUUUUAUUUUAAGCCUAUAGUUCAUUUCUUAUCUGCCUUAUUUUUUUUUCAAAAAAUUUAAAUAACAUUUCGAUGAGAUUUUUGAGAUUUUUUAUAUCCCUACUUUUGUUGAAAAUCUCAUUGAGGAAUCUGAGGGUUAACACUUUCCCUCGGAAUGUCAGUAAUAAUAAUCAUUGAUGUCACUGACUAGGCUUUAAAUAAAAUUGAUACAUAAGUAAGGUGACUACAAACCUAAAGUUUUAAAUUCACCAAUGAAAUGAUUUAUAGUUUGAUAUAAAUUUCAUAAAUGUAAUAUAUGUAUGUAUACACAGCUACUAAUUGGUAAACAUGAUUUUAACUGUUUAUGUAAAAAAAUGUUUGAUGUUUCUAUCAUUAUUACUCUCAGAAGGUGGCCGAGUGGUUAAGGUGUCCCGACACUUUAACACUAGCCCUCCACCUCUGGGUUUUGAGUUCGAAACCUACAUGGGGCAGUUGCCAGGUACUGACUAUAGGCCAGUGGUUUUUCUCCGGGUACUCCAGCUUUCCUCCACCUCCAAACCUGGCGCGUCCUUAAAUGACCCUGGCUGUUAAUAGGACUUUAAACAAAAUAAACCAAACCAAAAUCCUCUCAGAAAUUAAUGAUUAUAUUUAUUUGCUAUUAAUUAUUGUUUCUCCUGUUUUAAGGACAUAUUGUUUCUAAUUAUCUUCAAUUAAAAGAGUUUCACAAUGGAUUUGAUGAAAUUAUA